AUGAGGAUAGGUUGUUUGCAAUUUUCAUCCCAAGUCGGCAAAGUCAACGACAACAUUAGCAGGGCAGAUGAAGUGCUUGAACACGCCGCCCCAGAACGUCUUGAUCUUCUGGUCCUGCCGGAACUAGCCUUCUCCGGCUAUAAUUUCUCCUCUUCAAGGCAUAUCAGCCCGUGUCUUGAAAAUGCAGGAUCCGGGAUAAGCUCCUUGUGGGCCAUGAACAACGCUUCGAAGCAUGACUGCACCGUCGUCGUAGGAUAUCCCGAGAAAGUGGAUCUGGUGGACAACUUGCCGGCGAACCCCGAGCACUACAACUCGGUUGUCGUUGUUCAGGCAGAUGGCGAUGUUGUGGCAAAUUACAGGAAGACGCACCUGUACUACACCGACGAGACCUGGGCCCGGGAAGGACCUUCGGGAUUUCUCUGCCAACGGAUGCCUGGACUAGGGACUGUGGCGUUGGGCAUAUGCAUGGAUCUCAACCCCUAUAGAUUUGAGGCGCCAUGGGAUGCAUUCGAAUUUUCGACGUUUGCCCUGCUGUCAGGUGCUCGACUGGUGGUCGUCUCCAUGGCUUGGCUGACGCCGCAAGACCCGACUUCCUUUAACACAAUGCCCAGUGAACCAGACAUGACGACGAUGAUGUACUGGGUUAGCAGAAUGGAACCCAUCAUUCGCGCUGAAUCGAACCAGGAGGUCAUUGUUGUGUUUGCAAACCGGUGCGGAUCAGAAGACGAAGCUACGUUUGCAGGGACCAGUGCUGUUGUUGGAAUUAAAUCGGGAGAAGUAUACAUUUACGGGAUUUUGGGACGUGGCGAGUCCGACCUUCUGCUUGUUGAUACCGACAAACCUCCGUUCGCGAAACUCAUCUAUCGCCCAGGCAGCAAAGCGGUGGCUGCUUCCGAGGCAAGCAUUGCUCAAUGUCCUGCUCCCGUUGUCCAAAAGGACCACGGUAAAACUCAAUCAGUUACAGAAGCCACUCCAGCAGCCAGCAGCUGGCCGUCGAAGCACGGAGGAACAACGAACAUCUGCCAAGGGUGA